GUCGCGGUGACUCAGUGCGCGGCGGCGCCGGGCGCUGGACGCGGGCCCGGAGGCGGAGAGCCAUGGAGACGAUCCCCGCCGUGGGCCUGGGCACCUGGAGGGCCUCUCCAGUAGAAGUGACCAAUGCUGUGAAGGUGGCCAUUGACGUGGGGUACCGGCACUUUGACUGCGCUUAUUUUUACCACAAUGAGAACGAGAUUGGAGCAGCCAUCGCUUCCAAGAUCGAGGAGGGGGUCGUGACACGAGAAGAACUGUUCGUGGUCAGUAAGCUAUGGUGCACCCACCACCAGAAGUCCUUGGUGCGCUCAGCGUGUUCCGAGAGUCUAAAGGCCUUGAAGUUGGAUUACCUGGACCUCUACCUCAUACACUGGCCCAUGGGUUUCAAGUCUGGAGAUGAGGACUUACCUUUGGAUAACAAUGGCAUGGUGAUUCCCAGUGAAACGAACUUCCUGGAUACGUGGGAGGCCAUGGAGGACCUGGUGAGCGCAGGCCUGGUCAAGGCCAUCGGGGUGUCCAACUUCAACAGUGAGCAACUGGACAGGCUUUUGAGUAAGCCGGAUCUGAGGGUCAAGCCCCUCACCAACCAGAUUGAAUGCCACCCGUAUCUUACUCAAGAGAAACUGAUUCGUUUCUGCCGGGACAGAGAUGUGUGCGUCACCGCGUACCGCCCUCUUGGUGGCUCCAAAGAGACGGUGACCUUGCUGGAGGACCCUGUGAUUCAGAGGAUCGCCGCGGAGCACAAGAAGUCUCCUGCACAGAUUUUGAUCCGAUUUCAGAUACAGCGGAAAGUGAUCGUGAUUCCCAAAUCCAUCACCCCAAGUCGGAUUCGAGAGAAUUUCCAGGUGUUUGAUUUUGAACUAACAGAGCAAGAUAUGAAUGACCUCUUGGCUCUAAACAAGAAUCUCCGAUUGGCCACCUUGCCUACAACUAAAAAUCACAAAGAUUAUCCUUUCUAUAUCGAGUACUGAAGACAACUUCCAUAGAAAUCCAGAGACCCGUGAAGGUGUAAAGUCAAUGAAACUCACAGGGCAAUGGGAUUUCCAUGAGUCUACCCAGGUGGCCACUAUUCUGAAAAAGAAUAUCAGUGACUGAUGACUUAAAUUUGCCUUCAUGUUUUUAUUCUACCUUAUGGAAUUAUACAAGAGUUGAGAAGAGGGGG